AGCAGAAAACAUCAAAUGUGCUUCAUGCUGAAGUGAAUCCAUCACAUAAUAUAUUUACAGUGGAAGCAGCACUAUUUAGAUGUUUCUUUGACAUAUUUUAUUAUUAUUAGUGUUUACUCAGACUAGUAUUGCUCAUAUUAAUAUUAGAGAUGUGAUCCAAAGUUCAUUCGUCCUGCAGAUUCCUCAAAUCACACACUCUGAAGAAGAGUUUGUUUAAUGAGCUUCGGUCUGUUAAGGAAAACUUUUCCAUGCAAUUACAAGACUAAUACCAAUUAAUUAUUUCAAUUAAUGUUUUGCUGAAUAGAUUUAAAUUCAUGUGUUCAAUCAUUGCAUGUUAAAAACGAUUGUUUAUUAUGAACGUAGUUCCAACAGAAUAAGUUAACUUAAAUUCAAAUUAAAUUCAAGUGGAUUGAACAUGAGAAAUUAAGUUGAGACAGAAUUCUGUUGUUUCAGUUCAUUUGAACAAAUAGCAAAAGAAAAACAUUACUGUCACUGUUUUAUUCAUAUUUUGAGUUGUAUUUUUUUUAGUUUUCAUUUUAAUAUUAGUUAAUUUUAGUCUUUUUUUUAUUGCAAUCAGUGAACGUAUAAUUAAAGGCAAUAAUAACUAAUCAGUUACAUCAAAUCAACAACUAAGACAAAUAAAUACAUUCAUAAUAGAAAAAGAAAAAAGGUCAAAUAAUAAAAAUUUUUGUGCGUUGUAAAUUAUUCAAAGGAUAAAUUUAACUCUUUUCAAUAUUUUUUUUUAAACUUUUUUCUAUUAAUAAAACACAAUAGUGAGAUCUAUUUAUAUUAUAAAAUUAGUAAAAUUAGUUGUUGUUUUAUUCAGUGCCAAUUUACAUUCAUAGAUCAAGAAUUUUCAAUAUACAAUGAGUAAAUUCAUAAUACACCAUAUUUUAAAAUCAGCAUUUUUAUCAAAAGAACAUAAAAUCUUUUUUUUUUGUUUCAACAACUGUAAUAAUUUUUCUGAUUUUUAUAUAUAUAUAUAUUUGUUUAUGACAUAAGUUGAAAUUCUGACUUGAAAUGUAAUAAUCAUGACAAAGUCGGAAAUAAAAUUACAUAAAAAUACAUAAUUUUGCUUAAUUUCACUUUUUAAGCUCAUAAUUAUUAGUCCUAAUUAAAUGCAUAUAUGACUUAUUUCAUAAUUAAGAUUUACCAAAGCAUGACUUGUUUUUUUUUGUACCUUCCCUAGGCAAACAUGAUGUAUUUAAUGCUACAAUGAACUAUUUCCAUCUUAAAAAUAAAUGUAUGUAUUGACUGUACCGUUAAUGUCAUUUUCCUUCGAGCCGCGACGGAAACAUCAGUAUGCUGUAACUCCAUGAACGGAUAUUUUGGAAAGAUUCGACUGAUAACAUUGACCACACUCUUUACUCGUGUUUAGAAAAAGUUAUAUUUGGUUUUACUAAUAUCCCCUCAAAUAAAUGGAAGAAUACUAUAUUAUAAAUUUAACUUUUGUUAAAUUUCGUACAUGAAUGUAAGUACAGUAAUACUCAACCUUUGUUUUUGGUUCCUGGAAAAAGUAAUCCAAAUAUAUAUCAAGGCACAUGAUUAGAAGACAAUAAGUUAAUAAGAAGUAUGAGUUUUUAUAUUUAGACUCAGGUAAAGUACUUAAAUAGUGUGAAUUGAUUAGAUUUAUUGAAUGGGAACUUCAUGAUGUUUAAAGCAGCAGGUAGUUCGCUCUGUUUGUUUGGGUGUGUUCACACUUGGCUGGUUUGGUUCGAUUACUCUGCUUCCAAACGAACACUUAUGAAGGCAAGCUUUUGCUGUCUGAAGGGUUAUUGCUCGUGUAAACUCAUAGUGAAAGUACAAGCUCAUCUGUUGACAUUAGACAGUGUUGUAAAAAUGGAAAUCUCCGCUGACUCUCUUUGAAUGUUAUUUCCAAUGUAAAAUAAUCCUCAACAAACGUGUCACGUAACAAACUUAAAUGGAGCCGCACAGGCUUUACGAGGUGGACAGAGUCCACAAACUUUUCCUUGUCUCUGAAAAGAGCGGUUUGAGUCAUCGUGCUUCUCUUCGAUCAUUUGUUGGCUUGUCGUCAUGAGGAUUGAUUUGAUCUUUAUGCUGUUUUCAGCUCUGAGCUCCAGUGUGAACUCCCAUCUGUUUUACUUUAUUUCUGAGAAAAUGAGCUGGUCCGAUGCGCAGACGUACUGCAGACAGAAUCACAUUGAUCUCGCCACCAUGGAUGACCAGGAGGACCUGAUUUUGCUGGCAGAAACCGUACCCAAGGGUUUUAAUGAAUACAUGUGGAUUGGACUCUAUCGGAUUACAGGGACUUCUCCCUGGAUUUGGUCUGAUCAGAGCAAUUCCAUGUUCAGAUUGUGGGUUAGAGGACAGCCGAACAAUUCUGGUGGCAACCAGAUGUGUGUUCAAACAACCUCUGCUGGAGAGUGGAACGACUGGUAUUGUGAGGACAAAUUAGCAUUUAUCUGCUACGCUGAAAAGAAGAGGCAGAUAGUGAGAUUGGAGGUGAAAUCAAGUAGAAAUGUGAAUGAUCUGGCAGUGAGGAACCAGAUUUUACAGAAGAUAUUGCAGAUACUGACGGAGAAGGGACUGACAGAAGAUGCGAAACUGUCGUGGAAAAUGAUUUCUGGGGAAAAUGUCUUUCAGAGAAUGUGGUAUCAGAAGAAUGAUGUUUCUCAGACACCCUGCGGCCGAAACAAGGACUGAAUGUCUCGUAGUUUCUUGUGUAAUUUUAGUUCCCAGCUAACAGGGAACGUUCUCAGAACGUUGUGGCAAGGUUCUUUCAAAGUUAUGAAAAGCAUUCUUCCAGUAGUGUUGAUAAAACUUUUGUUCAAAAUUAUCUUUAUUAAUGUUAGCACAAACUCGCUAUUUGUAUACAUCAUUCAUGGAAUGUUUUUUUCUUGAAAUGUUUAGUUGGAUGUUAAUCUAAUGUUUCUUGAAUAUUACUAUGUGUUUCAGAACAUCCAGAACUUUCAAAAUUAACAUUCCAAUAAUGUUUGCAAAAUGGUCAAAUGAAAUGUGAAUGCAAAUGUGAAAGAAAAAAAUGUGAACGCAAAAUGUUCUUAGGACAUAUUUUUGUUAUAAGGUCAUUGAGG